UGCCUGACGCGCUGCUAUAUCAUGCAGCAUGCUCCAACCACCAAUCUUCUCAUAUCCGACACAAUCAGCUGACACAUCAACAACACACCACACAUAGAGGAAGCUACAGUACAGAAGCAUUUUCCGUUUGAUUCCUUAGACAUGACUGACCAAAAUCGAGCACAACAGAAUAGGAAAAAUAUGAGUAUUCCUGAAUUCUCCAAGCUUCAUCCGGUCAUCCCAAGAAGAUACGUACCAGAAUGGACAAACGACAUGAGAAACAGAGAAUUGAUCAUCAAGAACUGUGAAGUCAGUGGAAUAAUUCCAAAGGGUCCUCACGAUGAGAGCCUUUUCUUAGACAAGAGAGAGAGGAUGAAUGAAGUAGAGCCACGUCAACGUUGUGAAUCCAAACGACCAGCUCUGGAUCGCUACACUGCCCUCAGACCAGAGUUCCACACCACACAGUCCAAGUACCAAAGUAGUCUCAUGUUCAGAAGGGACGAUUUUAACGAGACGCAGUAGUUUAUUUGAAGAACAAGAAGCUUUGCAUGGUCUGGAAAAUAAAUAAAGAGUAAACUUGCGGUUACAACCACAAAAGAGAUUUAAUACAUGGUUGUACCCGCAAGUUUACUAUUUAUUAUUUAUUUAUAUUUACUUCUUAAGAACUAGCGUGUUUGGUAAUACCAUGUUAUUUAACAUGCCAAUUGAUCUUUUAAAAGCUUUGCACUCAAUCAUGGAAUUUUGUUAUUUUAUUACACGUUUUGUACAAACUAACUAUAUUUUUCUGCCCAUGAGUACACCUUCCAAAGAGAUAGAGAUUUUCAACUUGUUACAAGAAUUAAUGCAGCUUAAGCCUAGUUCACAGGCUGAAUCUAAUUCAAAAAUAAUUUAUCAUGACGUCAGUUGAGUAGGGUGCCUGCGAAGGCUGUUCGCUGGCCAAUCUUACAGAUUUGUGUUUCCAUUGUUCAUCAUUGGUUUACCCCCCCCCAAGGUGGCAGCUGGAUGACGUCAAUUCAUAAAGUCUGUGUGGACUAAAAUGAACUCAUUGGGAAUAAUUUGACCCCCUAUUCUGGGAUAAAGCAACCCAGUGAAUCCUAAAUGUUACUGUCCAACUAACUUAUGUCAAUCUCGGAUGGUAAAGAACCCAUUCUCCUGGGUGAUAGUUGUGGAGAAUUGUAUUUCCUCUGACCAAAUAUCUCUUCAGAGAGAAAUUCACCGUGCUGAUCAUAACUGAAAGUGCAGAUGUCAACAAGCUCUUCACACAGAUGGUUUCACAAAAUGGCCGCAAGUUUUGUGUUUGGAUGUUGUUCUUAAAGACAAGAAUCACCGUCAAAAAGUAACAAUCAAUUGUUUUAUCAUAGAGUAAAAAAGACAAGGACCACUUUUGAAUUAUUAUUUUUUUUUUCGAUGAAGGAAAGUUUAUUCUCAUACCAUUCAUUUUUAAUCCUCUUAAAUGCAGGUUUGGACAACCAACCACUAUGUAAACUUCCGUAAAACUAAUUUGUAAAUAUCAAGUAACCGCAUGUACAUGUUAUUCUAAUCUAAUUUGAUUUUUUGUUAAUUUGACUUAGUUUUAAUUGUUACACUUCACGUUGUUUAUGAAGUUUAUUUUGUUAGCUUUGCAAACGAUAAGAAUAAACUGAAUUGUAUUUACAAUAAGA